AUCUUACGAAUUGUUCCAGACUCAAACCAAAGAUGGAUACGUAUUGGGGCUUCAACGUGUUUCAUCUCCGUCGGUGAUUGUCGGGCAAAAGAGCUCUCCGGUUUUGCUAAUUCACGGACUUUUUAUGGCUGGUGAUGCAUGGUUCAUGGAUUCCGCAAAUCAAUCAUUGGGUUUUAUUCUUGCCACACAAGGUUUCGAUGUUUGGGUUGGAAAUGUACGCGGGACACGUUGGAGUCAUGGUCAUGUGUCUCUAUCAGAGAAAGAUAAGGAUUUUUGGGAUUGGAGCUGGCAAGAGCUAGCUCUUUAUGAUCUGGGAGAAAUGAUUCGUUACGUGUAUUCAGUUACAAACUCGAAAGUAUUUGUUGUUGGACAUUCUCAGGGAACUAUCAUGUCUCUGGCUGCGUUAACUCAACCAGAUAUAGCAACAAUGGUUGAAGCCACUGCACUUCUUUGUCCUAUAUCAUACUUGGAACAUAUAACUGCUCCAUUUGUUCUUCGAUUAGUUAAAAUGCAUCUCGAUGAGGUAAUUGUGGCGAUGGGCAUUCAUGAACUCAAUUUUAAAAGUGACAUGGGCACUCGGAUAAUGGAUAUGAUGUGCGAUGGACACUUGGAAUGCGGUGACUUGCUUAAUUCUAUUACAGGCGAGAAUUGCUGCUUCAAUAGCUCUCGGAUUGAUUUCUAUCUCGAAUUCGAGCCUCAUCCCACAUCCUCUAAGAACUUGCGUCACCUCUUCCAGAUGAUCCGUAAAGGUACUUUUGCAAUGUACGACUACGGGACAUGGAAAAAUCUGAUAUAUUACAGCCAAAUAAAGCCACCGGCAUUUGAUCUGAGCUCAAUUCCGAGUUCGUUGCCGAUAUGGAUGGGUUACGGGGGCAAAGAUGCAUUGGCAGAUGUUUCAGAUGUACAGCACACUCUCAAGGAACUGCCAUUGAAGCCAGAUUUGCUUUACCUUGAGAAUUAUGGGCAUAUUGAUUUCCUUUUGAGUGUUAAAUCAAAGGAAGAUGUUUAUGAUAGCAUGCUUGCCUUUUUCAGCUCCCACGUGGGAACUUCUUCUAGCAGCAGUUAUUGAUUGCUGGUAUAUAUCAUGUGUAUUGUUGUAAAUUCAAAAUUUCUCUACUCCUUUGUUGUAUUGUACAUAUUUCAUAAUAUAGAACAUGAUAAUGGGUAUAUAUUUUAUAUUGUUAUCCAUUAUUUAAA